AGCGGUUGAAAGACGGAUCUGAUCUGACGUCGCGAGCGUUACGUGCAACAACGGCGACGUCACGUUCCCAUUGGCUCGUCGCUCGGUUAAUUGGCGAAAGGUAACCGGCUGUUAACUAUUUAGCCGGUGUGAUGGAGGGCGCUUGGCGGCAGUCUCAAAACACAGGGAGGAUGGACUCGGGCCGCGGUGGAGGUAUCUGUAGGCAUUUCUUGAGUGGCUCUUGCAGAUUUGGUCCAAGAUGUCAUUAUCGACAUGAGUGGCCAGUUAUACAGUCGGCUCAAAUCUGUAGGCACUUUCAGAAAGGUGUUUGCUGGUAUGGUGAACGCUGCAGGUUUCUCCAUGUCCUUCAGUCUGACGUUGAUGCAGCAGUUGCAGGUAGAAGAGGUUCGGUGCCUGCCGUGUCCUCCACCUCCCGUGUGGCUCGCGCUCAACCUGACAGAAGAGGGUCUGAGCCAACGCUCAUGCAGGCCCAGAUGCUGUCCAGGCACGAUUGCAGCCGAUCAGGGAGGCUGGCUCAUAUCUCAAAUUCCAACAUUGGACGCCUGGCAGUAAAUAUCACUGUGGAAGAAUCACAAGAUACUGAAUCUCUAACUGCUUCUCUGGAAUCGGUCCAAAGCUCAAAUGCUGCUGAAGCGGGUGCAAGUGAUAGAAGAAAUGAGCAGCAGACCUCUUCAACUGAGACAACAGAGGAAGGGGCUGCGGCUGCAGCCUCCGGUACCCAGGGGGAAGUGGAGGCUCUGCUCCAGAGUAAAAACGUGACCUGUGGCAUCUGCAUGGACAAGGUGUAUGAAAAGACGGAUCUACGAGAGCAAGUAUUUGGAAUAUUGCCAAACUGCAGUCACGCCUUCUGUUUACAAUGCAUAAUGACCUGGAGGAAAAUGAAAGACUUUGAGCCAGACGUGGUAAAGAGCUGCCCACAAUGUCGAGUGAGAUCUGCCUUUUAUGUGCCAAACAAAUACUGGGUUGAAGGGCAAGCAAAAGAAAGUGUGAUUGUCGCCUUCAAAGAGAAAUGCAGAAGGAAAAGCUGCAUUUACUAUGCACGUUACGGAUGCUGCCCCUUCAAAACGGAGUGCCUUUAUCGACAUGAUAAAUCUACACGUCGCAGAUCAUUUACAUAUCCUACAGAAGAUGAAGACGACUACGAUGGCUUAGAUCUACUUAAUUUUUUCAUAGCCAUGACCCUUCUCAGUGGUGAUGACGAUGACGACGUUGAUGACUAUGACUUUACCUUUUCCGACCUAACGGAGGAGUAUGGUUUCUGAGCUGCUGUUUUCUUUUUUCAUUCUUUUUGUCAGUGCCUGAAACCACUGAAUGGGGCCUCGUCUAUUCGUAACCAUUGGUCUCAGGAGAACACAUGGUUGUGUUGUGACUCUUCUGUCCUCCUUGUAUCAGUAUUAAAACAACUUUUGAGUAGCUGUGAUCAGGACAAGGGAAACCAACCACGCACCAUGGAGGGCCAAGUGUGUUCAUAUUAUUGAUUGGUCAGACAGGCAGUUCAGCGUCAGAAGAACUAAUCUGUGAAAUUAGCUUCUCCAGUUGUUUGGGAAUUAGUACACUUGACUCUCCGUGGCGCAUGGUUUGUCGCGCCAAUUCAAGAUACAAGCCCCCCAGAUAGAAAUUCAAGAUUUGUCCCGUUUCUGAGGAUUUUGUAUUAAUCUGUGGCAUCGUAAUAAUUAAGGGUUUACCCUCCUAUGGCCAUAGUGCUUCAAAUAUGUUGCAGAUUGUCAAUUUCCCUAUUAACGUCUCUGCUGAUGUAAUACCAGUGCUCAUUUCUGACUUCUCUGCUUGCAAUUUGCACCAUUUUGAUAUUUUAAAAAGUGUUAUGUGGAUGUUAGUUUUAAUUGUCUAAAGAUAAAAAGUGUACUGUACCUGCUUUCUUCCUAAUGUCCACUACCGAUGAUACCUGCCUCAAGUGGUAGUAAUGACAAGCCUUUUCCUGGUUUUUGGCAAGAAUACAAAAUGUUAAGAUUUUAUUUCUUUUAAAGAAGUUGUACUUGUACACAGAAAAUAAAACAUUGCUUCACACUUUGUCUCACUGAA